AUGGCCCCCCCUACCAACCAGGAACUGAACGAUAAACGCGAGGAGAACUGCAUCUCCAUCACGCCCGACCGCAAGUACUAUCGCGUUGGCGGCACAAUGGUCAAGCGCAGCUUGCGACCCUCGGAGUGGCAGCAGCACAACGGGUACAUGCACAUUCCGCUCUUCAAUCUCGAGCGGAUCCUCAACGAGGGGGCCUGUCUGCAGUUUCUCUCCGAAAACACCGACAUUCCGCUGCCGAAGCUGUAUGCCUGCUUCGAGGACGACGGCGCCGCCUACCUCGUCACCGAGUACGUCGACGGCGUCCUCAUGGAGGAGGUUGAUGAAGGCGGGAAGAAGAUUGUCGAGAAGGAGUUGAACCAGCACAUGGAAACGCUGCAGAGACUGAAAUCAUCCACGUGGGGCGGUCCGGGCGGCAAGGUACUGCCGCCGUGGCGCAUCCUGAAGAACUCGGAUAGGCGUCCCUGGAAACUAAAGCAGAGAGAGGAAGGAGAUCUUGUCUUUUGCCACAAUGAUCUUUCGGCGUACAAUGUCAUUGUUGACCCCGAGACGCUCAAGAUUCGGGCCAUCAUUGACUGGGAGUACGCUGGCUACUACACGCCGGAAUUUGAGCAAAAAUACUUUAAAAGAAAGGGCCCGUCGGUGGCGCUCGAUGGCGAGAUUGACGACACGGAGGAACUGACAAAGAUCUUGGCUCGUUACAGGAUAUGA